AUGUCCCCGAGGUUCACCCGCCGCCUCCUCCUCGUGGCCGGGCUCGUGGCGGCGCUGGGGCUGUCGCCGGUGUCCCCAAUCCACGUGUACACGCAGCGCGAGGUCCACGGCACCGUGGGCUCCAGUGUCACCCUGUCCUGCAGCUUCUGGUCCAGCGAGUGGAUCUCGGACGACAUCUCCAUCACCUGGCACUUCCAGGCCGAUGGCUCCCGCGACAGCAUCUCCAUCUUCCACUUCGCCAAGGGCCAGCCGUACAUCGACGACGUGGGCACGUUCAAGGAGCGCAUGGCCUGGGCGGGGAACCCGCGGCGCCGCGACGGCUCCAUCGUCAUCCACGGGCUGGAGCCCAGCGACAACGGCACCUUCACCUGCGACGUCAAGAACCCGCCCGACAUCGUGGGCAAGUCCUCGCAGGUCACGCUCUACGUGCUGGAGAGAGUGCCGCCCCGUUACGGUGUCGUGCUGGGCUCCGUUAUCGCCGGGGCGCUGCUCGUGGUGGCCGCGCUGGUGGCGCUGGGCUACGGCGGCCGCUACUGCUGGCGGCGGCGCCAGGCGGCUCUGCAGCGGCGGCUCAGCGCCAUGGAGAAGGGGAAGCUGCAGCGCUCGGGCAAGGAGGGCUCCAAGCGCAGCCGGCAGGCCCCCGUGCUCUACGCCAUGCUGGACCACGGCCGCGGCGCCAAGAAAGGCAAGGGCGGCGCCGGCAAGGAUAGGAAAUAGCGGUUAGCGGGCAGGGAGGGACCCCCGGGGGCGGCCGGGGCCUCGGGGGACCCCCGGCCCCCCAAAGUCAUCAUGACCAUCGAGAUGGAGCUGCGGGGGGAGCCCCGGGGCGCGGCGCCGCCCGCCGCCCGCUCGCCGAGCCGGGGCAGCCUCAAGAACGCGCUGCUGAGCAUCGUCAGGCCCAACUCGGGGGGCUCCUGAGGGACCCCCCGCGCCCGGGACCCGGCGAGGAGCGGGGUGUGGUCCUCGCCUCGGGUCCCCCGCCUUGGGGACAGCGCUGGCGACAAGCGCGGCUCAGCCCCCCCGUCCCCGGCCACCCUCGGUCGCUCCCUGCCCAGCCCCGGGUGGGAUUCGUGCCCCGGAACGCGGGCUUGGGGUCGGUGCCCCCUGCCCGGGGCCGCGUCCCCUUCCCUGAAUUCGAGGGGUUUCUCUCUGUGCCCCCCCACCCCAAUUUCGCUCCUUUUCUGGCCGUUUUCUCGUCUCUCCCCGCGGCCGAGCCCAAAUGACGUCGCGGGGUGGCCCCUUUGUCCCCUCCCUUU